CAGCGACAGUCCAUGAUAUUGCAUGAAGACGACGGGUGGUGAGCACGAAGCAGGGAAGCCGUCCCGUUUAUUGAUCGGCUAUGUCACUCCCGGCAUGGGAUGUGUAAGAAACCACCCAGAAAAAGGAAGGCAGCCUAUGAAACCAAGAUUGUGUUACCCAAGAACCCUCGAUGAGAUGGUUUUGGGAAGACUCUGACCAUUCAAGAGCACGGUAUGUCUUGAUAUGACGGACAAAAGUCCCAACACCUGCAGUUCUUCUCCCCACGAUAGAAAUGCAAGCGAUUCCGCUUGGGGAGGACUCUGAGCCGCUAACACUAACCAGUGGCAAGCAGAAUCCAGAAAGAGGGGAUGAAAGGUCAUGGCUUGGCCCGGGGCAGCAAUGCCGGUAAGCAGGGUUCAGGAAUUUGGUUCGCGGUGGAGGGCGGCAAGCCGUGGCGCUCUGCGACUUGCAUUUCAGCCCGCCCAGAUCAGGAAGUGAUGGCAACCGUUCUCAGUCCAAACAUCAAAAAGUGUGGGUGUCCGGCGGGUCAUUGUCAAUGUUCGGGUGUUGAAGGCACGCGGGUGGCUACCGGCCAUCUCCGUUUCAUGGCCCAAAAGAAAUCGGAGAGUCCACAAAGGGGCGAUUGCAAUGAAUCGACCUUCUUCUGUCCGUCACCAUCACUUGAUGGAAGCUGUUAUCCUCACGCCCCCGUCAGCAGACCUAUUGUUGAUUGGGCUGACCAAUGUACAUGGCAACUCGUUCGUCACUCUCCUUCGCACGGUGUGUCUAGAGGUCACACAUUUCGACAAUUUGCUCCCCUUCCCCUCUUUGUAGUCACUCUCGCCGCUCUCGAGCGUCUCGGGUUCGCAUGUCUUGUUUUCGCUUCGGUCCUCGACAUGCCCCUGCGUCCAUGUGUAGGUCGCUACCCGAAGGUGAAGAUAUAUCGUCAGAUAACUGGACUGUGUGCGAUCUUGAGUAUUGCUUUUCUGGACGGCGAGUGUGGAAAAAGAGCCAAAACCAUUGGCACAAAGGCUCAGUGCACCCAUAACUGCUCAUUUCACGCAGUGAAGGCUUGCAGAUUGGCUGAGGAGACCGGCCGCCCAUCUAACUGCCGCUGAAGAGUGUUGAACCGGCGGGCUUGCGGACUUGUGAAGCGUCCAUGCUGCCAAUGGAAACUGAAUGCCCCCCCAUGGGGCUUUCAGGAUGAAUCGAGUACGCUGCUAACGCCCCUUCUCGAAUAUGUGUGGUGUGGGAGGUAUGGUAAGC